AUGAGGCUUUAUCAACUUUGGAAGGGAAACAAUAAAUUUCUUUGUGGUGGGAGAUUUGUCUUUGGUCCUGAUGCAGGAUCAUUAUUUUUAACCUCAUUUCUUAUUGGAGGUCCUGCAAUAGCAUUCUGUAUCAAAAUGAUCCUAAUAUUUGGAAAAGAGGAUCCAAGUUAUCACUCUCCAGUAUUGAGUGGGGCAUUGAUUCUCCUUGUUAUGGACUUUACAUUUUUAGUAUUGACAUCAAGCAGAGACCCAGGAAUAAUCCCAAGAAACUUAUAUCCUCCUGAAUCUGAUGAAACAGUUGAUGUUAGCACCUCAUCCAUGGAGUGGGUAAAUAGUAAAGUUUCCAACAUGAAAUUACCUCGUACAAAAGAUGUAAUAAUUAAUGGGCAUACUAUUAAAGUGAAGUUUUGCGAUACUUGUUUAUUAUAUCGUCCACCACGAGCUUCCCAUUGUUCCAUCUGCAAUAAUUGUGUGCAAAAGUUUGAUCACCAUUGUCCAUGGGUUGGCCAAUGUAUUGGAUUACGCAAUUAUCCAUUUUUUAUGUGUUUCAUAUCAUCAUCAACCUCUUUAUGCAUUUAUGUAUUCGUAUUUUCUUGGAUGAACGUUCUUCGACAAGAAGGAAGUAUUUGGGGUGUUAUGUCCCGUGACAUUCUUUCAGUUGUUCUCAUUGUUUAUUGCUUCAUAGCUGUAUGGUUUGUUGGUGGACUUACUGUCUUCCAUUUUUACUUGAUUUGCACUAACCAGACCACAUAUGAAAACUUUCGAUACCGCUAUGAUAAGAAGGAAAACCCUUUCAGAAAAGGAAUAAUGAGUAAUUUCAAAGAAGUAUUCUUUUCUAAGAUUCCUCCUUCGGCAGUCAAUUUUCGAGCAUGGGUAUCAGAAGAUGUUGAUAUAACAAUGCAUAAUCCUGAUCUAAAUGGAAGUUUCAUUGACUCAAAAGAGAGAUUUGAUGUAGAAAUGGGAGGUAAGCUUGACAAGGAUGGUGGUGUGAGACUACCAAAUAGUUUGCAGCAAAAUUUAGAUUAUGAAGGUAUGGGUGAUAAUUUGAAAACAAAAGGAGGAGAAGAUGUUGCAUUUGAUCCAUUUUUCCAUCAUGCUACUAAACCGCCAACGAUUCCAUCACAAGUUUCAACAAUUUGA